UCCACCUGCGUCUGCCUCCCAAGUGCUGGGAUUAGAGGCAUGCGCCACCAUCCCUUGCUCUGUAGCUCUCUGCUUUACGCUUUAUUUCUUUUCUUUCAGCUGCAGAGCUACUUUGCUGCAUGUGAGGAUGAGACUCCUGCUAUCCGGAACCACGACAAGGUCCUGCAACGCCUGUGUGAGCACCUGGACCAUGCGUUGCUGUACGGAUUGCAAGAUCUCUCGUCUGGCUACUGGGUGCUUGUGGUACAUUUUACCCGCAGAGAAGCCAUCAAACAGAUUGAGGUGCUGCAGCACGUCGCCACCAACCUGGGGCGCAGCCGGGCCUGGCUGUACCUGGCCCUCAAUGAGAAUUCUUUGGAGAGCUACCUGCGGCUGUUCCAGGAGAAUCUGGGUCUUCUGCAGAAGUACUACGUCAGGAACGCCCUGGUCUGCAGCCACGAUCACCUGACUCUCUUCCUGACCUUGGUGUCUGGGCUUGAGUUCAUUCGAUUCGACCUGGAUCUGGAUGCCCCUUACUUAGACCUGGCCCCCUACAUGCCUGACUAUUAUAAACCUCAGUACCUGCUCGACUUUGAAGACCGCCUUCCCAACUCUGUCCAUGGCUCAGACAGUCUGUCCCUCAACUCCUUCAACUCUGUCACCUCCACCAACCUGGAAUGGGAUGACAGUGCAAUUGCCCCAUCUAGUGAGGAUUAUGAUUUUGGAGAUGUGUUUCCAGCAGUGCCGUCUGUACCCAGCACAGACUGGGAAGAUGGAGACCUCACAGACACCAUCAGUGGCUCUCGCUCCACUGCCUCGGACCUGACCAAUAGCAAGGCAUCCACUAAGAGCCCUACCCAGCGCCAUAACCCCUUCAAUGAGGAGCAGGCUGAGACCGUGUCAUCAUCUGACACCACCCCUGUGCAUACUACCUCUCAGGAGAAGGAUGAGGCCCAGGCCCCGGACCAGCCAGAUACAUGCACAGAACUGGAAGUCAUCAGGGUCACCAAGAAGAAGAAAAUUGGCAAGAAAAAGAAAACCAAACUGGAUGAGGAAGCCAUGCUGCAUACAACCUCCAGCCACCAGAAAUGUGCCAGGCGGGGAGAUGGAGACAGCCUAGUGGACAACCCAGGCCUCAGGCAGGACUUAGCAGACACCAUACUCACCUCCCCCCAGGAGCAAGGGGAGGGGCCCAGCAGUACAGCGGAGAGCAGCGAGCACUCGGAGCUCUGCCAGAUGGGCUUGCUGAUCCCCGAGAUGAAGGACACCUCCAUGGAGCGCCUAGGACAGCCUCUGAGCAAGGUCAUUGACCAGCUCAAUGGGCAGCUGGACCCCAGCACCUGGUGCUCCCAUGUUGAGCCCCCAGACCGGUCCUUUCGGAUCGGCUCUCCCGGGGAGGCCCCGGAAAAACCACCAUUUUGCGACUUUAGUGAGGGGCUUCCAGCCCCAAUGGACUUCUACCGCUUUACCAUCGAGAGUCCAAGCACUGUUGCAUCAGGUGGCGGCCACCAUGACCCUGCAGGGCCUGGCCAACCGCUGCAUGUUCCUGGUAGCCCUGCGGCUGCUGGCCAAGAAGAAGAGGGAAGAGGAGAGGGACAGACACCUGGGCCCUUAGAGGACAUACAGGGGGAGGGUCAGGAGCAAGAGCCUCAGGAAAUGGACACUCAGCUGCCACUAGUCAGCCAGGAACCUGUGCCCGAGCCUGUGCUACAGCCCGAACCUGGGACCCAGGAGGCUUUUUGCCAGCUCAAGCGUGACCAGCCCAGUCCAUGUCUGAGCAGCGCAGAGGACUCUGGGGUAGACGAGGGCCAGGGGAGCCCUUUGGAGAUGAUGCACCCCUCAGAGUUCAGAGUAGACAACAAUCACUUACUCCUGCUGAUGAUCCACGUCUUUCGAGAAAAUGAAGAGCAGUUAUUUAAAAUGAUCCGGAUGAGCACUGGGCACAUGGAGGGCAACCUGCAGCUGCUGUACGUGCUGCUCACAGACUGUUACGUCUACCUACUCCGGAAAGGGGCCACAGAGAAGCCAUACCUGGUGGAGGAAGCCGUUUCUUACAAUGAACUUGACUAUGUGUCGGUCGGCCUCGAUCAACAGACUGUCAAGGUGGUGUGCACCAACCGCAGGAAGCAGUUUCUCUUGGACACAGCUGAUGUGGCCCUGGCUGAGUUCUUCCUGGCUUCUCUGAAGUCAGCCAUGGUCAAAGGCUGCCGGGAGCCACCCUAUCCCAGCAUCCUGACUGAUGCCACCAUGGAGAAGCUGGCGCUGGCCAAAUUUGUGGCCCAGGAAUCCAAAUGUGAGGCAUCCACUGUGACUGUGCACUUCUAUGGGCUUGUGCACUGGGAGGACCCCAUGGACGAGGCCCUGGGCCCCGUUCCCUGCCACUGCUCACCCCCCGAGGGCACCAUCACCAAAGAAGGCAUGCUGCACUACAAGGCGGGCACCUCCUACCUGGGCAAAGAGCACUGGAAGACCUGCUUCGUGGUGCUCAGCAAUGGAAUCCUCUACCAGUAUCCUGACCGCACCGACGUCAUCCCCCUGCUCUCAGUGAACAUGGGGGGGGAGCAGUGCGGUGGCUGCCGGAGAUCCAACACCACGGAUCGGCCCCACGCCUUCCAGGUCAUUCUGGCUGACCGGCCCUGCCUAGAGCUGAGUACGGACAGUGAGGCUGAGAUGGCUGAGUGGAUGCAGCACCUCUGCCAGGCUGUGUCCAAAGGGGUCAUCCCCCAGGGGGUGGCUCCCAGCCCCUGCAUCCCCUGCUGCCUGGUGAUCACCGAGGACCGCCUCUUCACAUGCCACGAGGAUUGCCAAACCAGCUUCUUUCGCUCCCUGGGCACAGCCAAGUUGGCCGACAUCAGCGCCGUCUCCACAGAGCUGGGCAAGGAGUACUGUGUCCUGGAGUUCUCCCCGGACACCCUACAGCUGCCCCAACCAUGGGUCAUCUACCUGAGCUGCCCUUCCGAACUGGACCGAUUCCUGACUGCCCUGAACUCCGGGUGGAAAGCCAUCUACCAGGUAGACCUACCCCGCAAGGCAAUCCAAGAAACUUCUAUCAAGCAGAAGUUUGAAGAUGCCCUGAGCCUCAUCCACAGUGCCUGGCAGCGGAGCGACAGCCUCUGCCGGGGCAGAGCCUCCCGGGACCCCUGGUGCUGAGGUGUGGGUGGGUGGCAUUAUUAGGUGGGGCAGGAAGUAGGCAGGCUGACCAGCAGGCACACUGUUGUGUGUCACUGUGCUGUUUAGGAGCCAGGCAUCUACAUGCCUUCUACAGUCCACUCCUGCCCUGGGGAGGCAGAAUCACUAGUGUGGCUUGAGACAGAGUCUGUCCAUCCAGGGAUCCAGAGCGGGUACCCAGCACCCCUGGCAUCCUGCUGGAAUGGUAGUGACUGGAGGUCACAAGGGACAGAAGGUCUGAGCCCUGUGGGCUCUGCAGACACACGUUGUCCUCCUGGGCUAUCACCUUAGUCCUUGCCAUCUGCUCAGGGUGGCCAUGAAAAUUAUAACAUCCAUUUAAGAGGGAGCAAAGGAGCCAGAAGGGUGACCCUCUUCCUCUCCUGGGUCAGGCGCCUGGGCAGAGGCUCAGGGCCCCGUGGGGGUCCUGAGCGCCCAACCAUUCUUGUUCAUUUUUGAACACACCUCGCUGCACAAGGAAGCAGGAAUACUAGGUGUCUGUGCAUGCCUCCUCCACAUGCCUCCACCCCACGCACACUGGCCUGCCUUGUACAACCUAGGCGUGGCCUGUUGUCCUCCUUGGCCACCUGGAGGCCUUGCAUGUCCACAGCCCUGCCUCUCAUCGAAAUCCAGUGGAGCUUGUAGGAUUCAGAUGGAUCAGUUGGCUCCUGUUGCUAGGGGCAAAGAAGAAGGGCUGGGCUAGGGGCAGAGCGCACAAGCCUGGUGGCCACUGACAUCUGAUUGACCCCUGCUUGGCUGGAGCUGACCCUUCCUGAGGUCUUUGUCACAGCCCUCAGGGGAAGGAGUCAGGUAGUUUGGGUUUUGUUUUUUAAAAUAAAAUAGAUAUGUUAUAUUGC